AUAUAAGCUUCGACUUGGUUUGGGGAAUUGGGAACAGCACUACUGGUCUUGCAUCUUGCAGCGUUCGCGGUGUCAUCAUGAAGAAGAUCGUGUUGAAGGUCAGCAUCAUGUGCGGCAAGUGCAAGAGCUGCAUCAUGACCAUCAUCUCCAAAUUCCAUGGGGUGGUGUCGAUAACGAUGGACGUAGAGAAGAGCACGGCGACGGUGGUGGGGGACGUCGACGUGGUGCUCAUCGUCAAGGCCCUGAGGAAGAAGAAUCGGCCUGCGCAGGUCGUCAGCGUCGGAGAACCCGACAAGGAGAAGAAGGACGAGAAGAAGGAGGACGACAAGAAGGAACCAAGCAAGCCUUUGCCUUCCUGCUGCACCGCUUGCAAGGCUGUGGUGGUGUGGUACGAUGAACCCAACCCGUGCUCUAUCCUCUAAACCACCUCUGCUGUGCUUCCUUUCUUCCUGGUGUCUCCUUCACCUGUAAUCGAUAACUCCCCCCACCCCCUUCUCUCUCUCUCUCUCUCUCUUUAUUUAUAUAUAUAUAUAUAUGCAUCGAAGGACGUUAAAGUCAACCAUUAGAGAGAGUUGGGAGCUCAAUCCUUACCGUUUCACUGUAUCUUGUUUGUGUUCUAAGUCAGAUCGUACCCUGUGGCAAAGGGAGUCAACCAUUACCUCCUUGCAUGUGCAAAGAUUUGGCUCCAUAGACGAUAAGAUCUGUCAAUGGAGACCAUUUAAUA